UUAGUUUGAUGAUGAUCAUCCCCUUCAUUUAGUCCGGUGGGUACCUGUGAAGUGAACCCUUAUCCUCAUCCUCUCGCCGUUUCCUCUUCUCACCGUCUCCUCCUCUACCGUUCUCGCCUGAUCUUCUCCUUUGAUUGCCUUCGCUCACACUCCCCGCUGUAUAUGAUCAAGUUUAACUUAAUGAGCUAGAAUUGAGUCCGCAAUCAGGGUUGAUCAAGAAGCAACAAGCUUGAGAGGGAGCUGGAGUGGGAGGAGGUGAAAAUUAAGGUCAAACGAGAGAUUGAGGUAUUGCUGGGGCCUUGGACAUCUGUCACUUUUUCUUGAGUGCAAGAUUGGAAUUGACAAGGAGAAAGCUACAUGAUAGAUUUAUCCGUGGCAAGAAGCUGAAAGUGGAGCCAGACAAGUUACUCUUUUCAUUCCAAAACUAGCUUCAUAAGAUAGGGGAAAGUUGAAAUUUUAAAGGUAAAAUUUUAGCACUGAGAGAUCCAAAAUCCAGAUGGCUGUUCUUUAUUAAGAUGGUUCUGUAGAGUGACAAUUUGAAGGUUGACAAUGGCUUUUUAUUCCGAGGAGGAGAAAACUGAAGAUUACCUUUUCAAGAUUGUUCUCAUUGGUGACUCGGCCGUUGGAAAAUCAAAUUUGCUUGCAAGAUUUGCUAGAGAUGAGUUCUACCCUAAUUCAAAGUCAACUAUAGGAGUAGAGUUUCAAACCCAGAAGAUGGAUAUCAAUGGAAAGGAAAUUAAAGCACAGAUAUGGGACACAGCUGGUCAAGAGCGAUUUAGAGCUGUUACAUCAGCAUAUUACAGGGGUGCUGUUGGAGCUCUUCUGGUGUAUGAUAUAAGUAGACGCCAGACGUUCGAGAGCAUUGGAAGAUGGCUUAAUGAACUUCACACACAUUCCGACAUGAAUGUGGUUACUAUACUUGUUGGAAACAAGUCCGAUCUGAAGGAUGCAAGGGAAGUAUCUACCGCUGAAGGCAAAGCCUUGGCUGAAGCGCAGGGUUUGUUUUUCAUGGAAACGUCGGCUCUCGAUUCAUCUAAUGUCAGUUCUGCCUUUCAGACAGUUGUGAAAGAGAUCUAUAAUAUAUUAAGCAGAAAAGUUAUGCUGUCUCAAGAGCUCAAGAAACAAGAUCCUGGCUGGGUAGGGAAUGGGAAAACUGUGGUUCUACAGGGAGAAGAUAUCCAAGAAGCAAGUACGGAGCCCAAAAAAGCUGGGUGCUGCUCAUCCUAGAGCAACACACCACGUGUUGUUAGCUCUCAAUAAUCUUUUGCUGGUUCUAACUAAGUCUCUUUGCCACUCAGGUUCUCCACAUUCCUUCUCCGUGUGACCAGAUUUCGAAUAUAUUGAAAUGUUGAGUUAAGUUAAAUUGGUUUUACUUAUUAUAAGCCAAUGAUGGUUGAAGAAGUGGAAUUGAAGUAGUAGAAAAUGUAAAUGACGUGAAAGGGGGAUAAGAAAAUUAUGUUACACAAUGUUCAAUUUUUUUUUAAGUUUUUUUUUUUUGUUUAAUCCUGAUGUUCUACAUAGCUAGGCUGGUUUUUUGUUUUUGUUAUGAUUAACAGGUUACCCAACUUCCCCUUUCGUUUAUAAUAAGGCAUCGCUUAUUUUGGAAGAAACUUUUGAAUCCACUGGCUUUUGUUACGAGGGGAUUCUAAAAUGGAUUGUCAAUUUCAUUAUUAGGCUUUCUCUGAAAA